CUGAUACAUCUUGCUGGUCCCACUGGGUGUGCCAACAAAGGAUUGUUUCCCCAAAAAUCCUCAGCCGACCUUUACCGCGUGAGUUUGGUUAUUAGGCCUGAAACUAUUCUCUUCUCUCUAUAUUUAUUUUCUUUGGUGCUGGUAACUUUCUCCAUGAUCUUCGGUACUAUUCCUCCAUUUUCGGCAUUGUUCCUCCAUGAUCUGGUAAUGGGAUUGCAGGGACUUAAAAGAGGAAAAAUUCUGGAUAAGGAUCAAGCUUCUUUUUUUUUUAAUUCUUUUUCUUUUCUUCCUCAUCACACGCGUGUCUUCUUCUCCUCUACCUCCCGAAAGCUUCCCCCCAAAGCCACUGAAACUUCCCCCUUGAGAACUGGUAAAGAGCUUGAGUUUUCCCUUUCCUUUCUUGAUGGAGAACAAGAUUUAAACCCAGAAAUUUCCCCCAGCCACUCGCACGUUCUGCUCUUCUUCUUCCUCGCCCCUGCGACCCGAAAAAAAAAAAAAAAAGGAAGCCAGCUGCCGGCGACGUCUCCCCUGAGAAAACCGGCAAAGCUUGGUGAUUUUUCUCUUCCUUCUUGUUCAAGAACAAGCUUUAGGAUUUAGAACCCUCCCUCUGAAGCCAGAAAAUUCAGAUCUGUGGUUGCUUCUUCUUCCUCUGCCGCGGGUUGCUGCUGGGUGGGUUGGGAGUCCGGUUUUGGUAAGAAAUAGCUAAGAAAUCAUCUUUGUAGCCUUGAUUUGGCUUGGGUUACCCUAAUUUCUGUUUUGGUUCUUGAAUUUGUGAUAGCCCGUGUGUGCCUCCAGAUUCUUCCCGUCGACUUCCUCACCAGCCAAGCUUGGUUUCUACUGUUGGAAAAUUCUGGUAUGGAUAGCCCUUUUAAGUCCGAAUUUAUCAAGUAAUUGUUGUCCAUUUAGUUGCUCUGUGUUGUCCGAGAUCUUGCCGGAGUUAUGGGAUAAUUGUGGGUAGCAUAAAAUGGGUUUUGGGUUGCUAAUUCGUGUAGAAUUCUGUGCGGUUGUCCCGGGAAUCAUCUUUGCUGUUUGAAGUUGUUUUUUUUAUGCCAUUUUAGUUAUCCUGGAGAAAUUGUUCUGAUUGCUGGUAGAUGGAAAUUUGUGGCAACGAAAAUUAUGAAAAUUUCCUUGAUUCGCUACUGCUUUGUCAAAGAUGGAAAAUUGAAUAAAAGCCAUACUUCUCAUUGUUUGCCCGUGAGUUUGGGAAGCUAUAAAUGUAUGUAAAUGUG